GUACAAAUGUCAGGUUUCACCCGACGCUGUCUCGACUCUCGAGCAAGCUCAGCAAUCAUGGCGAUGAGAAUCCUCUCCCGGAAAGGAGCCCUAGGGUUUCAAACGCCGGCCGUGUUAGCCGGAAUUUCUCUCCGGGGGCUUAAGACGUUUACUCUUCCUGACCUCCCGUACGACUAUGGCGCCCUUGAGCCGGCCAUUAGCGGGGAAAUCAUGAGGCUUCACCAUCAGAAGCACCAUCAGACGUACAUCACAAAUUACAACGCUGCCCUUGAGAAAUUGGAGGAAGCGAUGCAGAAAGGGGAUUCGUCUACCGUCGUGCAUCUGCAAAGUGCGAUCAAGUUCAAUGGCGGAGGCCACAUUAAUCAUUCUAUUUUCUGGAAUAAUCUUAAGCCCAUAAACGAGGGUGGUGGGGAGCCGCCACAUGGUGCACUUGGUUGGUCAAUUGAUGAACAUUUCGGCUCCUUUGAGGCCUUGAUCCAGAAAAUGAACACUGAAGGUGCUGCUUUACAGGGCUCUGGAUGGGUGUGGCUUGGUUGGGAUAAAUCACAAAAGAAGCUUCUAGUUGAAACAACAGCUAAUCAGGAUCCAUUGGUAACAAAGGGGUCAAACUUAGUUCCAUUAAUAGGGAUAGAUGUUUGGGAGCAUGCGUACUACUUACAGUACAAAAAUGUAAGACCAGAUUACCUGAAGAAUAUCUGGAAGGUUAUCAAUUGGAAAUAUGCGGGUGAUGUCUACGAGAAAGAGUCAGCCUGAGAGGUACAUAAGGUGCAUGUUGGUUUCAACGGAACUCUCUUUUGAUCCUUGUUAAAUCUUGAAAGGUACAGAGUGCACGUCGAUUUCAGUGAAACUCUCUUUUGGUCUGUGCUGAGCAUUUGAGUUUGGACGUGAGGCUAUACACUGGACACCUCUAAAUAAAAUUUUGCCUCUUUCUGUGCCUCUUGUAA